GGGGAGGGAUUCAUUAUAUUUUCUUGAUCUUCGAGCCAACUUGCUUCAAGGAUCAUUUCCCACUCUAAGUUUUCUUAAUCUGCGAUAUUUGUUUGUCUCAAAUAACAAAUUAAUUGGAGAAAUCCCUUCUUCAAUUUGCGAUGCAAACCUUGAUGUUCUAGACUUGUCUCAUAACAACUUAAGUGGCAUAAUUCCUAAGUGUUUGGUAGACUCUAAAUCCCUCACAGUGUUGGAUUUGCGAAUGAAUAGCCUUCAUAGUACCAUCCCUACAACAUUUUCCACAGGAAAUAGUUUUAGGAGUAUUAACCUUAAUGGCAAUCAAUUGGAAGGGCCAUUGCCACGAUCUUUGGAAAAUUGUAGGAACUUGGAAGUUCUAGAUCUUGGGAGUAAUAAGAUAAAUGGAACCUUCCCUUAUUGGUUGGAAGGUCUUUUAUAUUUGCAUGUUCUUGUCAUAAGAUCAAACAAAUUUCAAGGUUGUAUAGGCAAACCUAAGACCAAAUUUCCUUUCCCAAAUUUGCGAAUCCUAGACAUCUCUAACAAUGAGUUUAAUGGUCCUUUGCCGAUAAAAUAUUUCAAAUAUUUGAAAGCCAUGACAAAUGUGAAUGACGGAAAAGUUGCUUUGAAAUAUAUGGGAGACGAGUAUUAUCAGGAUUCUUUGGAUGUGGUGAUGAAAGGGUUGUAUACUAAGUUGGUGAAAAUCCAAACUAUCUUCACGACCAUUGAUUUUUCAAACAAUAGUUUCAAAGGAGAGAUGCCCAAGAUAAUUGGGAGGUUAAAAUCACUCAAGGGGCUUAACUUUUCUCACAAUAACCUUACAGGUUAUAUUCCAUCAUCAUUUGGAAAUUUGCACAAUCUUGAAUGGUUAGACCUCUCUUUCAACAAGCUUAGCGGGGAGAUUCCUAGGCAAUUGGUAGAUCUACCAUGGCUUGAAGUUUUAAAGCUAUCACAUAACCAACUCACAGGAUUCAUACCUUCAGGAAAGCAAUUCAAUACAUUUGAUAACGAUUCGUACACUGAAAACUUUGGAUUAUGUGGAUUUCCGUUGUCAAAAAUGUGCAACAACCAUGAGGCAAAAAAACCACCACCAUUGGUCUCACAACAAAAAGACAAUUUAGAGCCUGAAAAUGGGUUUGGUUGGCAAGCUGUAUCGAUGGGUUAUGGAUGUGGAGUGCUAUUUGGAAUGUUGGUGGGAUAUCUUAUGUUUAAAGUCGGAAAACCAAAGUGGAUUGUGAGGAUGGUCAAGUUAGAGGAACAUAUCAUGCUCAGAAGGCUGAAGAAGAAUGCCCAAAGACAUGGUGGAAAAAAAUAACUAGUCAAAACAAUUUGUGGGUGGUUUUGCUAGAGUUUUUCAAGAAGUUUUAUGGGGAC